CAUUUUGCAAUGCACCUGCACAGCCUUCGUACUUCGUUUCAGUUGUCUAGUCGUUGUCUCGCGUGCGCCGCUUUUGUGACAAUCGGUGACUUACAUCGAAGCAUUUUCGUGAAUUAAAAUAUUUUUGUGUGAAAAAAUCAUAGGUUGUCGGUUGAUUGCCUGCAUCUUUCAUAAUGCAACGAAAGGAUGACUUAAAACGACGAAUAUGGUGUAUUCUGGUGUACUUCGUAGCUCAGAUCACCAGCGCACACCAGGCCCCGCACAUCGUGUUUAUCAUGGUGGAUGACAUGGGGUGGAACGACGUCUCAUAUCACGGGUCGGAUCAAAUAUUAACGCCUAAUAUAGACGCGCUGGCUGCGCGCGGUGUGGUCCUGCAGCAGUAUUACAGCGAGGCGAUAUGCACGCCGGCGCGCACCGCGCUACUCACCGGCAAAUAUCCCAUGAGACUUGGAAUGCACGGCUCGCCUUUGUUCAACUCGGAGGACCGCGGUAUUCCUUUGGGGGAGCGUCUUCUGCCGUGGCAUAUGAAGCGUCUGGGGUAUGCCACGCACCUGGUCGGCAAGUGGCACGUCGGCAUGUCUCGCCGACAGUACCUGCCGACGGCGCGCGGGUACGACACACAUUACGGCAUGCGGGGCGGCUUCAUCGACUACUACACCUACAACAAGAUCGAGACGUGGCCCAACGGUAGAGAGAUGUUCGGUCUGGACUUGUUUGAUAACGACGUACCUCAAGACCAAGAAGAGAGGUAUGUUGUAGAUGCUCUCACUCAACGCGCUGAAAGAAUAAUAUCCAACCACAACGCAUCACGGCCUCUGUUUCUACACCUGGCGCACAACGCGCCUCACGCGGGCAACGCCGGCGGAGCUCUACAACCGCCCCUCAACACCACCAUAAGGAACUCACACAUAGCGUACUCAGAUCGUCGGCUAUAUGCAGAAGUCGUCGCUCACAUGGAUGAAUCCAUCGGAAGAGUUGUAAAGGCACUGGCGGAUAAACGGCUCCUGCAAGACACAAUCAUAGUUUUCGUCUCCGAUAAUGGUGCCCCAACUGUAGGCCAGUUUAACAAUAGAGGCAUCAAUUUACCUUUUAGAGGCAAGAAAGAGACGCCAUGGGAAGGAGCAGUACGCGUGCCGGCCCUAAUUUGGCAUUCAAGUUUGAGACCUAAAGUGUGGAGGGGAAUGAUGCAUAUAACGGAUUGGCUCCCAACUUUGGUGGCGGCUGCUGGUGGAUCUGUAGAUGAUACAAUAGAUGGAUUAAAUCAAUGGGAUUCGAUUGUUACGGACGGUACUUCCAAUCGUAAGGAGGUUCUUAUUGCCGUUGAAGAUAGCGCCAGAAACGUGUACGCGGCGUACCGAGCAGGAGAUUAUAAAAUCAUCGUAGGAAAUGUUACCGGACUAAGCAACGGCUACUACGGAGCAGAAAUGCUGGUAAACAAAGAAUCGCCUCCAGAUUAUUUUCUGUCCAUCAGAUCGUCGGCAGUGGCAAAAAUAUUUGAAACGAAUGGUGUUCCGUUGAACUAUGACGAAGUUAUUAACAUGAGAAUGGCAAGUACAAUAAAACAAUUGGACACAGUAAGAGAUUUGAAUCCAUGUGAACCGACUCAGAGUCGUGGCUGCUUGUACAACGUUGUUCGAGAUCCAUCCGAGAGUCACAACCUAUGGGACAGGGGAACGAAGAUAGCCGCACUUUUGACCAGCAAACUUAGAACUUUUUGGACUGCACAGCAAAGAAGAACACCUCUCGACCUACACGAUCGCGCUGACCCAGCUAAUUUCAACUACAGAUGGAUGCCAUGGUUAAACGAUUCUAUCGUCGGAGUAAAAGAAGAAACAAACAAUAUAGAAUCUAAUAGGAGUUCGAAUAGUAAUAGCACUCUCGACAAAACUGUAGCGCAGGUGGUUGGAUGUGAGGCAGUCAGUGGUUUUAGAAAUUUCUUGUGCCUUCUAAGAAGUGCACUUUGAGACUCAAUGUUAAUAGGUUUUUUUUUAAUUUUAAUUAA